AAAAAACAGAGAGGGGUUGAAUGUGAGAUCUAAGUUUGAAGACCAGAGUUUGAUGACAUUUCCUAUCAGCAAAAUAUCAUUCUCCUUUGUGUAGCUCGAUGUUCAAUUGUGCUUAAGGUGUUCGACGAAAGUCCAAGUCCGAGCCUCCCAACAUACCGGCCAUGCUUUUGCUAAAAAAUGUAGCUAAAACAAGGCUCUUUAUCUCCCCACUUCGCCUUCUAAGUGCCCCCAUCUUCCUUUGUUCUCCUUUAACUUCUUCGCAUUUGUUCAGUCAGACUUGUAGCUACUCAACCGCCGUAGCGCUUCAAGAACGGAGCGCCGAAAGCCUGGUUCUCUCAUUCAAAGAAUGGUUCAAGGCCCAAAACAACCACGUUUUGGAUCGAAUUUUCGAGUUAUUAAAUGCCCACCACUGCGACGACUUGGCCUCUCGUUUUGCUGCCGAUUUAGCCCUGUCACGGUUGAAUCUUCGCCUUUCCGAAUCUUUCGUUCUUGAAGUAUUGGCUUAUACGAAAGGGGAAGAUGUGCUGUCUUGUCUUAAGUUUUUCGAUUGGGCUGGGCGCCAACCUGGGUUUUAUCACACGCACGCCACGUUUCUCGCUAUUUUCAAGAUCCUUAAGAGGGCGAAAUUGAGGUCUUUGAUGUUUGAUUUUAUUGACAACUUUGUGACUUCUAGAUGCAUUAAUAAAGUGAGGUUUUAUGAUACUUUGAUUAUGGGGUAUGCGAUUGCUGGGAAACCUGAGAUUGCAUUGCAAUUGUUUGGUAGAAUUCGGUUUCAGGGUUUGGAUUUGGAUGGUUUCGCAUAUAAUGUGCUACUGAAUGCUUUAGUUGAGCAGAACUGUUUUGAUGUGGUUGAUGUGAUUGCUAAGCAGAUUGCAUUAAGGGGUUUUGAGGAUGCAUUUACACGAUCCAUUAAGUUGAGGAGUUUGUGUAAGCAGGGUAAAUUGGUUGAGGCGGAGGAGUAUUUACGUGGACUGAUGAGUAGUGGGGUAGUAUUUACUGAGCAUGCAGUGUCUGUUGUCAUUGAAGCUCUUUGUAAGAAUGGCAAACUUGAGGAGGCAGGGAAGCUCUUGGAGGAGUUUAGGGAAUCGGAUUUAGUGCCGUUGAAUCAUGCUUAUGGAAUUUGGGUUUGGAGUCUUGUUAGGGCUGGGAGGUUAGAUGGAGCUUUGGGGUUUUUUAACAGCAUGAAGUCGUUGGAAGAGUAUGUUCCAGAUGUGUUUAGGUACAAUCUGUUGGUGUCUAGGCUUUUGAGAGAGAAUCGUCUGAUGGAGGUUUUGGAUAUGCUCAUUGAGAUGAAGGAGAAUGAGAUUGUUCCGGACUGCUCUACCAUGAAUUUAGCACUUUGCUUCUUUUGCAAAGCUGGGAUGGUAGAUGUUGCACUUGGGUUAUACAAUUCAAGGUCGGAGUUUGGGCUCUUCCCAAAUGGCAUGGUUUACAACUUUUUGAUCAAUACUUUGUGUGGGGAUGGAAGUAUUGAUGAAGCUUAUAAUGUGUUGAAGAAUUCUAUUGACCAAGGCCUUUUCCCUGGUAGAAAAACCUUUUCAAUACUUGCUAGUGCUUUGUAUAGAGCGGGGAAGCUUGAGAAGAUGAAAGAGCUGGUCCUUUUUGCCUUGGAAAGAAAGUUUGAACCAAGUGAUUCCACAUAUGAUAUGCUUAUAACGGCUUUUUGCAGAGCUGGUAGGGUAGAAGAUGGCUAUUUGAUUCAUGGGAAUCUCAACAGAAUGAAUAAAGUUGCUACUAAGGCUACUUACUGUAGUCUGAUACGUGGUUUUAACAAGUGCAAAAGGGUAGAUAUUGCUGCUAGACUUCUUAUUGAAAUGCAGGAAAAAGGUUACAAACCAAUUCGAGAAUUGUUCAGGGAUGUUAUUUAUUGUUUCUCUGACAUGGAGAAUCCAGAAAAGCAAUUCUGGCAGCUGUUGGAGAUGCAGUUGUCUUGUCAUGCAGCCAAUUUACAGACUUAUAACUUAUUUAUUGAUGGAGCUGGGCAUGCCAAAAUGCCUGAGCUAGCUAAAGAAACAUAUGAGAUGAUACAGAGAAGUGGCCAUGAACCCAAUUUGGGUGCUAACAUUCUAAUGUUGCAGAGUUUUUUAAAGAGUGGAAGAGUUUCAAAUGCGCUAGAUUUCUUCAGUGAUUUGAAUCAGAAAGGAAAGGUCGGGAGAAAAUUGUACAACACUAUGAUUGUUGGUCUCUGCAAAGUUGGUAGAGCAGAUAUGGCACUAGAGUUAUUGGAACAAAUGAAGAAAGAUGGACUGGUUCCAAGCAAUGACUGCUAUGAAAUUCUUAUAAAGCUGCUUUGCUCAAUAAAGAGAUAUGAUAUGGUGAUACAUGUUAUUAAUGACAUGGUGAAAGUUGGGCGCCAUGUUACAUCCUUUCUUGGUAAUACUCUUUUGAUGCAUGCCUUGAAGACUCGAGAUCUCUAUGAGGCCUGGAUUCGGUUGAUAGAUCCGCAGAGUGAGACAUCGGAGAUUUCAUGGCUUGGUUGGCUCAUUGGAGCAUUUUCUGGCUGUAUUAGAGUGAGUGAAGAUAUUGAAAACUUGGAAGAAGUAAUUCAGCUGUGCUUCCGGCCAGACAUCCAUACUUACAAUUUGUUAUUGAGAAAGCUAAGCAUGAGUGAUAUGGAUCAUGCUUGUGAAUUGUUCAAUAAGCUACGCCUGAAGGGUUAUGAGCCUGACCAAUGGACUUAUGACAUUUUAAUUCAUGGUCUUAACAGAUGUGGGAGGACAGUUGAGGCUAAGAGAAAAUUGGAGGAGAUGUAUCGGAGAGGUUUUCAGACUGUCCAUAUCAAAUAAUUUGUUUAGUGGGUAUCUGGUUGGCCAAGUUCUACCAUUUUGAAGUAGGUAGAAGCCACACAUUCAUUCAGAGAGACAGACAAUAAUUUUAGGAAAUAGUUUUUUUUUUUUUUUUUUGUGCCUUAAUUUGAUUGAAUAUAUGAAGUAUCUCAAUCAAGCUCCAUGUAUAUUACUUUUACUUUCUGUAAUUCCAUAAUCAACUACAAGAAGGAGAUUUGAUGUAAUUUUUUAAGAUGGUAUCGCCUUAAGGUAUUUUUCUCUAUGGCUGGGAGAAGUCGUCAUUCUGAAAAUUUUAAUUGUAUACUACAUAUCCAUCAGAAGUAGAAAAUAAGUGCAGUUGGAAUAAAUACAUGAAUUUUGUUGUGUU